CGAAAUCAAGGUUUAGACGGACUGUUCAAAGAGGGAGAUGACAUGAAACUGUUGUUGAUGGACAAGAAUUCCACCAAAUAAGUCGACUUAAUGGGCGGAUCCCGGGAGGAUUUUCACCUUUUAAUCCGGGAAUGUAUCCACAAUCCUCGCCUCAAACUAACGUCAUUCGCCCGAUCGUCCCGACAAACCUGAUCGGGGAGAUGGAUAAAGCAGGUCCAUCCCGGUCUAGAAGAAGCCGGUCCCGUAGGUCACAAACAAAGGUGACCUCGGACGGGAAUGUGCGUUCAGUCCACAGCAAGGACGAGGACUGGGACGUCCCCCAAGCGCUCAAAAAAUUGAAGGGGAAGGAUGUUCAACCAGAAGGAUCUAGGAGGUCGGCCUUCCAAAGGCUGGACACGAUGGCCGAAAUCAAAACCGGAGCCAGACGACCUGGUCAGACCAGGCGAACGGAACCACCCCCACGCGAUGAGCCCCAGCACAGUCGGGCGCCGCGGGAGGAAGAAGCCGAAAGCCACCCCAGGCAUCUGACCCGUUCUCAUGUUGAACAACCUCGGGAUCGUGUGGGCCGGGUCGAGGCACGUCUGGAGAAACUGCAACGCCGAGUAGACCGGGAAGAAAAGAAGAAGAUUCUGCUGAACGAAUCUCCGUUCACAGACCGGGUUCAUGAGACCCCGUUUCCAAAGAAGGCGAAACUUGAAGUCCCGAAGUUCACCGGGAAGGAGGACCCGGAAAUUCACGUCAAAACCCUCCAUCAAAGUGGGCGGAUGAUGGGUCUUUCCGGGGAUGAGAAAUGUUUGCUUUUCUUUCAAACCCUCCGCGACCGCGCCGCCGAGUGGUUUCAUAACUUACCGGCCGGUGAAAUCGAUUCUUUCAAUGAACUGGCUGAGGUGUUUCAAGAAAAGUUUAAGGAAAAUUGUACCAAGAGGAAAAAAUUCACCUACUUGAGUACAGCCGGGCAGCGAGAGCACGAGGAUCUGACAAAAUUUCUUACCCGGUGGAAGGAUGAUGUUGACAAGGUGGAGGAGAUGGACGACAAAACAGCCAUGUCCCUCCUUGUGUCCGGGCUCCGGUCCGGAGAGCUUUACAAAGAUUUCUGCAGGAGGCCUCCCCAGUCCUACCAAGAGGCCUAUAACACGGCCUGGGAUUAUGCUGACGCUGAGGCACAGAUGUCAACCAAGCGGGAGGCCGAGCAGGGCUAUUCAAAAGGAAAGAUUUCUUUGAAAAAGGAGAUUGGAUUGCCCGGUAAGGUGAAAGCUGAAAUCAUGGAGGUAAAGCCGGUCAAAACAGAGAAGAAACAAACCGGCGAGAAACAGUGGACGGAGAAGUAUUGCUCUUUUCACAAAACUGACUCCCAUAACACUGCAGAGUGUAACAGUGUGAAAGGAGUAAUAAAGCAGAUGAUCGAGGCCGGGGAGAUCGAUCCUGAGUACCUGGCUCAGGCCAAACCAAAGAGGAAUCAAUGGGUUAGGCCUGAAGGACAGCCGGCCGAACAGAACAAGAAGAAGAAAGCAGCCGGCAAGGAGCAUUUACAGGUCAUCUACGGUGGACCGGAAGGGGGAGAUUCUGCUUCCCAAAGGAAGAAGUGGGGGAGAGAGCUCUACGUGGGGACGGUAGCCCUCAAUCCCCGGUCAAAACAAGCAAGACGGGAACCGAUCACUUUUACUGACCGGGACCUUCCCGCCACCGGAGAAGAUCACAAUGACCCCUGUGUUAACAUUUUGUACCUGGAGGCAUUUGAGAAGCUCAAGUUGUGUCGAACACGGCUUGAGCCCUUAAAGACUCCCCUGUCUGGGUUUACCGGGGACUCAGUCGAAGCUGAAGGGUCGAUUCUUCUAACUUGUGAGCUGGGCACAGGCGACCAGGUCGUCCAAAAGCAAAUGAGGUUUGUAGUUGUGAACAUCAAAUGUGUUCACAACGCUAUUUUGGGCUGGCCUGGGAUAAACAAGGUUCGAGGGGUCAUCUCCAUGGCCCACCUCUGUAUAAAGUUCUAUACCCCGGGCGGCAUAGGACAAGUCAGAGGGGAUCAAAAGAAGGCUCGGCAUUGUUAUUUGGAAGCUGUAAAGAAAAUGACCAAGGCGUUCGAAAGGAUCACCUUGGUCUCCCAGGAAGAAGACCGGUCAAAGCUGGAACCGGGCGAUGAAACCGAACAGAUUGUUCUCCGGGAAGCCUUCCCGGAAAGAAUGGUAAGGAUUGGCAGAGAUCUGCCCGGAGGACUUCGAGAUGAAAUCAUCUCGGUCCUUCGGGAAUAUGCAGAUAUUUUUGCUUGGAGUGUGGCGGACAUGCCGGGUAUUGACCGUUCUGUCAUAUGCCAUCGUUUGGCUGUGAUGGAAGGAAGCCAGCCUGUGAAACAAAAAAAGAGGCACUUGGCGAAUGUCCGGAGGGAUUUUGUGAAGAAAGAAACUUCAGCGACCGGGAUAAUCGGAGCAGACGAUGACUGGAGAUACGAACUCAUGGAGUAUUUGGAGACCGGUCAGAAGCCUGAUGACGAGGAACGAGCCAGGAAGGUGGUCCUACGGGCUCCACGUUUCCAGGUAAUCGAUGGUCAUCUAUACAAACGUGCCAUUGGCGGACCACUCUUGCGUUGCCUCACCAACCCGGAGGCUGAACGCGUAAUUGCCGAGGUACAUGAGGGAGUUUGUGCAGCCCAUCAAAUGUCCCGCACUUUGGCUCAAAGGAUCAUCUUGCUAGGCUACUAUUGGCCGACCAUUGUGGGGGACUGUGAGAGAGAAAUCGUCUACCAGCCCGGUCUUAACGAGAUCGACCACCUGGCUGAACUGAAUCUGGUUGAAGAACGAAGGACCAUAGAUGCAGUCAAGAUGGCCGGUUACCAGCAGUCAGUAAAGCGGUAUCAUGACAACCGGGUAGGGCCGCGAUACUUCCAAGUGCAUGAUGAAGUCUUGCGCAGAAGGGAUGCUAGUAAGCCUAAUGAAAGGGGCAAGCUGGCACGAAACUGGGAGGGGCCCUAUUGCGUAAAAGCAAUCGUGAGACCGGGCACUUACCAGUUGGAAACAAUGGAAGGUGGCCGGGUUGAGCGACACUGGAACUCUCACCACUUGCGUAAAUUCUUUAGAGAAAGUCUAAUGAGUUCCCGGUCAUUAAUAAAACUUUACUCUUUUCAGAAAGAUUGUUCGCAUGCAGCAGUCGGUGAUUCGUCACGUGACAAUCUACCCGGUUAGAUGUCCAAUCGAAUUGGACAUCUAAAAAAAAAAAAGAGACCGGUCUGACCGAUUCUAUACCUUAUCCGUACUGACACGGGAGUUAAAAACUAUUUGGCUUAACUAAUGGGAGAGCAUCCCGGCCAGUUUAAGCCAGAUGUUUGGAAGAAAAACUUAAGGUUUAC